AUGAAUUAGCCAUGAUAGAAAUUGUAUUAUGUACUUGGGCUGAGCCUGUCUUCCCCAGUCCCUCUCGGCUCUCGCACAAAGCACAAUCUGGAUUCUGGAGUGACCUGUGUCUAUGAUACAGGAAAAUAUCGUGAUUGAGUGGGGCCAGAGGAGCUGGGUCGACCUGUUCCAGAGGGGCCACCUGCCGGCGCGGAUAAACGGAGUUUCUGUUGCGGAAUGCCGCAUCAGUCUGUUGAGAGGCGAGGGAAGAGCAACCAGUCAACCGCCACCGCCGCCGCCGCCGCCAUCGGCCAUCGGCCAUCGCUACGUUCUAUAUAGAUCGAGUCAGAGAGAAUAGAACAGCAGAGACAGAGAGACUAUCAGUAUCAGAGAUAUACGGAGGAAAGAGCCGGAGGAGAUCUAGCCACGAUGCCGAUGGGGCGCGUUCUGGCCAUGCUCCUGCUCCUCGCGGCGCGCGCGGGCGUCCCGUGCGCCACCGCCGGCGUCACGAGCCCGUACCGGAGGAGCCUGCAGAUGCUCCCCGACAUGCCGCUCGACGCCGACGUGUUCCGCCCGCCGCCGGGGUUCAACGCGCCGGAGCAGGUGCACAUCACGCUGGGAGACCAGACGGGGCGCGCCAUGAUCGUGUCGUGGGUGACCCCCGAGCACGCCGGCAGCAACGUCGUGCGCUACGGGCUCUCCGCCCACCACCUCACGUUCACUGCCGAGGGCACCGUCCAGCGCUACACCUUCGGGCCGUCGUACAAGUCGGGGUACAUCCACCACGCCACCCUCACGGACCUCGAGUACGGCACCAGGUACCUGUACCGCAUCGGCUUCGGCUACGCCGUCAGGACCUUCUCCUUCAAGACGCCUCCCAAGCCUGGCCCCGAUGUGCCCUUCAAGUUCGGCUUGAUUGGUGAUCUCGGGCAGACGUACCACUCGAACGACACGCUGACGCACUACGAGGCGUCCAACGCCGACGCGGUGCUCUUCAUCGGCGACCUGUCGUACGCCGACAACUACCCGCAGCACGACAACAACCGGUGGGAUUCGUGGGGCCGCUUCACCGAGAGGGUGGUGGCGUACCAGCCGUGGAUCUGGACCACGGGGAACCACGAGCUCGACUUCGUCCCGGAGAUUGGCGAGACGGAGCCCUUCAAGCCGUUCCGGAACCGGUACCCGACGCCGUUCGCGGCUUCCGGGAGCACGCAGCCGCACUGGUACUCGGUGAGGAUGGCCUCGGCGCACGUCAUCGUGCUGUCGUCCUACUCGGCGUACGGCAAGUACACGCCGCAGUGGGCGUGGCUCAAGGCGGAGCUGGCGCGCGUCGACCGCUCCGUGACGCCGUGGCUGGUCGUGUGCGUGCACUCGCCGUGGUACAACAGCAACGACUACCACUACAUGGAGGGCGAGACGAUGCGGGUGCAGUUCGAGCAGUGGCUCGUCGACGCCAGGGCCGACCUGGUGCUGGCCGGCCACGUGCACUCGUACGAGCGCACCCACCGCGUGUCCAACGUCGCCUACGACGUCGCCAACGGCAAGGCCACGCCCGUGCUCAACGGCUCGGCGCCGGCGUACGUGAACAUCGGCGACGGCGGCAACAUCGAGGGCCUCGCCGACAAGUUCCGGUGGCCGCAGCCGGACUACUCGGCGUUCCGGGAGGCGAGCUUCGGGCACGCCACGCUGGAGAUCAUGAACAGGACGCACGCCUUGUACCAGUGGCACCGCAACGACGACGGCGUCAAGGUCGUCGCCGACGAGGCGUGGUUCACCAACCGGCAUUUCCUGCCCACCGACACCAACUAAUAUAAUCGCUCUCGAUCGAUCCUAACCGGUGGUUUCAUCGGCAAGGUUAUUGGUAUAGAAGAGUGUUGCAAUGUAUUUUUGGAUUAUUAGUCGGAGGAACUAGCUUGUGAGAUUAGAGAAUCAGAGGUAGAGAGUUCUUAAAAUUCGAUGAACAUUGCCCAUUUCUUGUAGCCCUUAUUAAUAAUUAAUAAUCCAUUGUUGGUAGAGUCUGCAUAAGGCCUCGACUACAUGCAAACUCAA